AUGGAGGUUGUUGCUGAUGAUGAUGAGGGACUGGGAUGCAAGAAUCUCUUACUGGGUGGGGAACAUGGUUGGGAAGUGGCUUCCCCGAAAAAGAAAAAUGGUUUGGGUGACACAGUGGCUGAUGUGGUCCAAGCAGUUGACCUCACAGGGUUGUUGGAUGACAAAGUUGCUACUGUUGUCUUAAAUGCAGCAACUGACAGUGAUGGUGUAGAGGGCACGCUGCUGCUCACACACAGAUUCUUCUUGGAUAACCUCAGGAUCAGUGGCAGCAUCACUGGAUUGAAUGCUGGGGAGUCAAUCAAUAUUCAUGCCAGGAGAAGUGGCAAUGUGGCUGAUGGUUGUGCAAAUCAAGGAGAUUUCUUCAAUCCAAAUAUGGCAACCAAUGGAGGGUUUCUGGUGUCCUCAGCAACUGCAGAUGAUUCUGGCACAGCAACCAUUGAAGACAAUACCCCAGCUGCUUUAGCAACCUUGUGGCCUUACUUUGGACAAAGUCUUUAUACCAGAUCCAUCAGAGUCAGCACUAAUGACAACAGUGGCUCCCCGCAGGAUGGUACUGCAAGAGCUUGUGGUGCAGUGAACAAACCCUGAAACUAUCUGUGAUAUUGUUUCAAUUUCAAGACUGAUUUUUUUUAUAUUCUUUGUUCUUCAAAAUGGGUCGGAGUCUGAGAAUAUACACGUACAAAGAAAAC